AUGGACAACAAAAAAGGUUUCGCCUCCUUAAUGGAGGACCACUCGUCAAACCCUAGUAUCGUCAUGGAGACUAGUGACGAUGUUCGGUUCGGCGCGCCAGGUGGGGAGGCUCAAAGCACAUACCCGGCCCCGUCCCACUCCGGCCUAGAUCUCGACUUGGCUCCGGACCACGGUACCAUGUCUUGCGUAACGAAAGAAACACCACAGGAAGACUGUGCCAGGCAUAGGUUCAUCGUGUGGGCCGCCGUGAAACGCAACUCCUCAGUGCGGAUGUCGGACGUGGAGCGGCUCGAAUGCCCGCUGCUCCGAUGCAGAAAGAGGUUUUUGGAUCAUGAGUCUAUGCUCAAACACCUUGCGGAAUGCAGGCAUCUCGCCUCGGGGGAGUACUGGUGCUAUCAUCACAUGAGGGUGGAACGCUUCGAUGACGUGAAGUGCAGACGAUGCUUGGGUCACCCUUCUAAGAGGAGGAAGAUGUUAUCAAUGGCCAAGAACUUCUUCCACUCUCUUGGUCACAAAACCAAGAAACCUUCAGAACUUGGGUUUGUCGACGAGACUCUACUACAGCCGCCCCCGGCCUACGAAUCCCUCGAUAUCCCCGAGCCAGACGCCAGUGCUAGCGAGCUGCCGUCGUCGACCGAAAUCCUCGAGAUCGAUUCCCUCGAAGUGCCACUCCUCCAGAAUAACCCCGUUCUCCCGCCCAUGUCCGUACAGACGCCCACGCCCACGCCCACGCCCACGCCAGCUCUGAACGACGGUAUUAACCCCCAGGCUCUCCUCGUACCACCACCACUACCUGCCAUUCCCGAACUCGACUCGAACGGAGGGUUCUUACCAUGGCUGCCCAUUACCAAUUUCACCCCAGGACUCUCCGCAGGUAAUGAACUUGGCCCUCUUAGGGACAUGGCUGCGCGGCCGGGUUUGCAGCUGACUACCCCCGGCCUCACAGUUCGCCGGCCAGCUGUUCGACCUGCUCCUAAGCCUGCGUCCACAGCCCCACGAAGUAGCAUGGGGUUGUCGCCCAGUUCGUCCGUCCGGUCGACCGCUAGCACCGACACCAAUGCUAGCACUGUGAGCUACACCAGCUCCAUGGUUUCCUCGGAUACGAACUGGAGCGGAGCGUGGUCCAUGGGCACUGGGCUCGACACCAAUCUGACGUCUCCUGUCGACGGCACCAUGGGCGACGAGCUAUUUGCCGAUGUCAUGAACACCAACCCAGCCGAGUUGUGCCCCGACACUGUUCAUACAUUCUUCUCGGAGCUCCCAGCUGAUCUCCCCAUGUUGGAGAAUGCCUGCGACAUGGGUUCGGAUGCAGAUGCCUUGCUCGGAUUCGAACCUGUUGCGCCCACUGGGUUGACGUAUGCUCCCGAAAUACUAGCAGCAGACAUCGCAUCGCAAGCGGCUGAAAUUGCCGGACUUGAGGUCGAGAAGGCAAACACGUGCUGCUCUGAGACCAAGUCGUUGGUCGGCACGGCGUGGGAUGCUUUACAAGAACACAUCUUGUCUUCCAUGGUGAAGAUUCAGGGUUACGAAAACAACCAUGUUGCCGGUCAACUGAGGUCCAUGUCCAUCAAGACGGUUGCGACCACAGGGCUGCGAACUUUGCGGAAUUUGCUCAACGGCGAAGCACCCUCGACGGCCAGCGACGCCUUGUGCUUAAUCCACCUCGUCUAUUCAUUUUCACUCAUUUUACACGGCCAGGAGGCGCCCGGCAAUUCCACACACCUUUUCAUUCAAGCCUUGGGCUACAGCGACAGACUGCCUCCACAUGAUAAAACCCUGUACAACCAACUCGUCACGACCAUUUGGCAGCCUCCAGAAGUGAGCUUGGCAACCCUGAAUAAACUCAUCUCUGCCGUAUCAGCAAGUGGACUCCGGUCCGCUUCAGAUCCCAGUGGAAAGGGGAAAUCGCGGGAACUGGCUAGCCCUGUGCUCCCACAUCGCGAGGAUGCAUUGCUCGCGGCGGCCCAGGAUUUCCUUGAUGAACUCGAAAUCAGCCUCCUGAACCAAGGGGACUUACCGCUGGAUGUGCAAAUCUCGGAAUUACACAUUACGCAUUUGAAAGAAGCGAGCCCGGCUGGUCCGGUCAACGAAGCGCUGAUUUCAACGGCUAAGGGCGCUCUGGUGGAACUUUCGCGACGAUUCAACGAUGCUGGCCUCAAGAGUGGGUUGGAAGAGGUGUAUCAAAAGAUCCAGACAUCCUCCAUCUGCAGCGUUCGAAGGAUUGAGGUCGAGAUCCUUCGAGCUGGCAAGACCCGUCUCCCGAGUAGCAAAUUCUUCGGCGUAUAUGUGCCCCACGUUCGAAAAUUAUGCGAUCAACUGUACAUGAUUCACGACGUGGGCGUAUCGCGGCGCGAUGUCUACCAUGGGCUUGGCGUCACCUUGAUCGAGACUCUCGUAUCAGAACUCGACAAUUCGGGAAGCAAGCUCGAAGCACAGCCGCCCGACGAUAUCGACAUGUUCCUCAACGAGAUCCCCGAAGUGCCAAGUCCCCCUGCAGCCAAGUCACCCGGCAAACCGCCACCGUUGAAAACAAAAUUCAGCCAGACGCAGCUUCUCACCCCAACAGCCAGUUCCAGCGGUAGCAGCCCAUCGGACACAACGGCCAGCCCGACAACAGCGAGCCCGGCAACGACGGAACGACCACAGCGAUCGCCAGCGGAAACACCAGACCAGCAGUCCAGCAAUGGCCAAAAAGUAGAAGCCAACUCAUGCUGCGAUAUUUGCGGGUACCGGCCCAAGGGCGAUCCGCAAUGGUUCAAGGGCAGCAUGGCCAAGCACCGCAGGCUGCAGCACAGCACGGAGCCGCCCAAGAUCUUCAAGUGCCCGUUCCCGGGUUGCACGAGCCAGUACAAGAAUCGUCAGGAUAAUUUGCGACAGCACCAGAUUGAGAAGAACCACUGGGUUGAGGGGGAUGAGGGACCGCCGAGGCGGCCGAGUAAGAGGAGGAGGGUGGCGGAGGAUGAUUGA